GUUCUAAAACGUUUUCAGAUACUUUUUCUAUUUUAUAUUUUUGCUUCUUUCUCACUUUCUACUAUCAAAGAAACAUAUCCCCUCGGAUAAAAUGGGAAAAUUAAGACAAAAACAUUGAAAAUAGGAAGAAAAUGUGUUCAGUGAGAAAGUUAAUGUUUUCAGAAAUCCUGGUUUUAGUGGAUAGCAAUGGUAUUUGCUAACAUUUUUACUAAUCCAGCCAUUCUGAAUGUUAGUGAAACUAUAUGAAAAUCAGAGAUCUGGUAGGAAGAAAGUGAUAAGCAACUGAAGAAUGAGAAACCAUACAGAAAUAACAGAGUUUAUUCUUCUGGGGUUGACAGAUGACCCAAAGUUUCAGGUUGUGACCUUUGUCUUUCUGUUCAUCACCUAUAUGCUCAGCAUCACUGGGAACCUGACCAUUAUCACCCUCACCCUGCUGGAUUCCCACCUGCAGACCCCCAUGUAUUUCUUCCUCAGAAAUUUCUCCAUAUUAGAAAUUUCAUUCACGACUGUCAGUAUACCCAAGUUUUUGGGUAACAUUAUUUCAGGAGAUAAAACCAUUUCCUUUAAUAAUUGCAUAGCUCAGUUAUUUUUUUUCAUUCUCUUGGGAGUCACAGAGUUUUACCUUCUGGCUGCCAUGUCCUAUGACCGCUAUGUGGCCAUCUGUAAACCUCUGCAUUACUUGAACAUCAUGAAUCAAAGAGUCUGCACACUGCUUGUUUUUACUUCUUGGCUGGUUUCAUUCUUAAUCAUAUUCCCAGCACUCAUGUUGCUCUUAAAGCUUGAUUACUGUCGGUCUAAUGUUAUUGACCAUUUUACCUGUGAUUAUUUUCCCCUGCUACAACUUGCUUGUUCAGACACAAAAUCCCUAGAGGUGAUGGGAUUUUCUUGUGCUGUGUUUACUCUAAUGUUCACAUUGGCAUUAAUAUUUCUGUCCUACAUAUACAUCAUCAGAACAAUUUUGAGAAUUCCUUCUACUAGUCAGAGGACAAAGGCCUUUUCCACAUGUUCUUCCCACAUGAUUGUCAUCUCCAUCUCCUAUGGCAGCUGCAUUUUUAUGUACAUUAAAUCCUCAGCAAAAGAUAGAGUGUCCUUGAGCAAGGGAGUGGCAAUACUAAACACCUCAGUAGCCCCCAUGCUGAAUCCCUUUAUUUACAGCCUGAGAAAUCAGCAAGUCAAGCAAGCUUUCAUUAACAUGGCAAGGAAGACUGUAUUUUUCAUAAGCACAUAAAAUGGUAUAUAGUGAUGAAUUAGUCAAUAAAAAACUGAAAAUUAUUAUUUUUAAAAAUCCAGUUACAUCUCAAGAUGUGUAAUUAGUUUUGAUUAUUUGACCUUGGGCAAAUAUUAGUAUUUCAUCAUUACAAAUGCAUUAAUUGUUUUAAAAUUCCUGAAAAAUGAAACUUAAGUGAAUUUAAUAUAAUAAACUGUAUAUUAAGUUGGUGAAGUAACCACCUGAACAGCAUUAUUCCAAUUGGUUUUAAAUACAUCAGUUGGUCUGUACUUCCAUGUGGGAUUUAAUCUAAGGGCACAAAGAGAAGAGCUGAAAAAAAUCUGAAACUGUUCUCUGGAAUAACAUUGUAGGUGGCAGUGGCAUCAUUGUUAUUCUAAUACUGUUGUAUGUGCAAUGUGAGGAAAAGAAAAAAAAUGAAAAUGUAUCUGAUAGCCAGGGUUCUCAAUAUGAAAGAAAGAAGACACAAAUGGAUGGAAGAUAGAAGGGAUUAUGUAAAACUCAUGUAGUCCUAAAUUUGAAAACAUUAACAUGUUUUCGUGAUACAGGACCUAGAAAUUAUUUAGGUAGUGGGGGUAAGAGAGUCCUUGGCAAGUUUCCCUUUUAAUAAAAAGCAGCCCCCAAGUCAUUUCUUUUCUCACAAAGAGCAGCCUGAAAAAUCAAGUUGCAGACAUAGAAACUCAGUCUCCAUGCCUGAACAGGUGAAUGCCAGCCACUGUGCCAGUGGGAAAAGCCUACCUGGGGACCAGGCAUAUUCAACAUGGCAGCCCCAUCUUCCCUUUUGUUUCUCAACCACAUGUGCAGUAAAGAAGCAGGCAGCAUGGCCAGAUAGAGAACCCAUCUGCAUAAUAAAAGAUUAAGGUGGGGAGGCCAGCUUCUUUGUGCGCUAUGCAAAAUGACGCAUGUGGUCUGACCAAUUUCUCAUCCUCUAUGUAAAUCAGACACUGCUUCCUCAAGCUCAUCUGUAAAACCCUGUGCAUUUCACCAUGAGGCCAGAAGACCCAUUCAGGAGCCCCUCUCUCUGCAGACAGGGAGAUUUUCUCUUUCAUCUAUUAAACCUCCACUCUUAAUCUCAUGCCUUAUGUGUCCACAUCCUUGAUUUCCUUGAUAUGAGACAACAAACCUCUGGUAUUACCCCAGACAAGUAAUGUUGUUUCAUUACUACGCAUUUGUAAAGAUUUUUUAAGCAACCUGUUGUCCAAAGAAUAUUGUAUGUUAAAAAAAUAAGUGUGCUUGUCCUUUCCACUGAAAAUACCUAGAAAAGAUGGUCAACUUCAUGGCAGUUAUUAUAACUAGUGCUCAGAUUCUUAUCUUGAUUUAAUAUUUUCCAAUCAAUGCAAAUAGAACUUUUUGGAGUAAUGAUUGAUUCCAGAUUUAAUACAAGAAUGUAUAAGUAACAUAAGCCUGUAAAAAUAUAUUACUUAAGAAGGAAGCAAUCUAAAAGUAUAAUGUCCAUUAGAGUAAGAAGCCAACUUGAAGACUUUCUCCCUGGCUAAAUAACUCCAAAGAGGUAGGGAUGUUAAUUUAAAUCUUCCUUGAAAUACAUAUGUCAAACACUAACAUGACCUAAAGCUAAUAUAAAAUUGUGAUUCUGACCAAGUGUGGUGGCUCAUUCUGGUAAUCCCAGCACUUUGGGAGGCCAAGGUGGGUGAAUUGUGAGGUCAGGGGAUCAAGACCAUCCUGGCCAACAUGGUGAAACCCCAUCUUUACUUAAAAAAAAAAAAAAUCAAAAAAUUAGGUGGGUGUGGUGGUGCCUGCCUGUAACCCCAGCUACCCAGGAAGCUGAGGCAGGAGAAUCGUUUGAACCUGGGAGAUGGAGAUUAAAGUGAACCGAGAUCGUGCCACUGCACUCCAGCCUGGUGACAGAGUGAGGUUCCUUUUCAAAAAAAAAAAAAAAUUGUGAUUCUAUGAGUUUAUAAUGAUAUCAACAAAAAGAUACUGGAGAAUCAAUUUGGAAUACUGAAAGAAGAACAAAGUAAACAUUUAUCUGAGAUUUUCUAUAUAAUUGUAACAAUGUACAAGGAAAUGGUAAAUGUUAGAUUAAGAAGAUAAGCAUUUUGCAGCACAUAGUGAACAAAUGAAUCCAGCCAUUGGUCACCAAUGAAACCACCACUGCAGGAUUAUAACCGAGACAGUGAAGGAGACCUGAGCUAGCCAAUUCCAUCUUGCUUUUAACCUCCAGGCUAUCCUUGUUCAUUCUGGAUGACUCAACUGACUUUGGGAGGAACUUGGUUUUCCAGAGCAGAUCUUCUGCUUGCCUGGGGACUGGACUGCCUUUGUAGCCACAAGAUUAGCAAUUAUGUUUAGGAGUCAUGGAGCUGGAGGCUACAGGAUUCGGACCCUCUCUAAACUACUCCUAAGAUAGUGCUUGAGAUAUUUUGCAGACCCUGCACUUGAUAGAUCAGCUGGCACCACCCAGAUCUAUAAAGUGGCUCAUCUGAUCUUGUGGUCCCCACCCAGAAACUGACUGAGUGCAAGAAAACAGCUUCGACUCCCUGUGAUUUCUUCUUGAUCCUGACCAUUCCGCACUCCCAGCUCACUAGCCUUUCCCCACCCACUGAGUUAUCUUUAAAAACUGAUUCCACACCUUGGGAGGCUUAGGCAGGGGGAUCACCUGAGGCCAGGAGUUUGAGACCUGCCUGGCCAAAGUGCUGAGACUUGGUGUCUACUACAAAUGCAAAAAUUAGCCUGGCACGGUGGUGCACGCCUGUAGUCCCAGCUACUUCGGAGGCUGAAGCAGGAAAAUCGCUUGAACCUUGGAGGCAGGGGGUUGCAGUGAGCUGAGAUCCUGCCGCUGCACUCCAGCCUGGGUGACAGAGGGAGCCUCUGUCUCAAACAACAACAGCAGUAACAACAACAAAAACUCUGAUCCCUGAAUCCUCAGGGAGACUAAUUUGAGUAAUAAUAAAACUCCGGUCUCCUGCACUGCCAGCUCUGCGUGAAUUACAGAAUUUAUUCUUUGGCUAUUGCAGUUCUCCUGCCUUGAUAAAUCGGCUCUGUCUAGGCAGCAGGCAGGUGAACCCAUUGGGUAGUUACGCUAAUAGCUGCUACUUAUUUUGGAUUAGUUUGAAAAGAAAAAGAAAAAGCCUAAACCUAAACCUCAAUUAAGCCUUUAAAUCUAAAUAGCAACAACAGAAUAUUAAUAGGACAAGGAUGCCAUCAAGCGAGGCAUUAUUGCAUGUUUCCCUCCAUGAAUAAUGAUAAAAUAUCCUGCGUAUUAGUUGAGCUUUUAUAAUAAGAACAUAAAAUAGUGACAAGUGAUCAAUAAAAAUUAAGUGGUUAAGGGUAACACUCCCUAUGAUGUGGAAACAUAUCUGCCAAAAUGUUCUUUACUAAAUGAGCCUCUAUAAUAGUAAAAUAAUUCACAAAUUUGCAUCCCAGCUGUGAUUGAUACAGUUCUGUAUUGGCUAGUGUAUUAUUUUUUAAUGCAAAAAAAAAUUUAUAUCAAAAAUCAUAUUGUAUGUCUUAAGUAUGUAGCAUUUUUGAUUUCUUAAUUAUAUCCCAAU